AUGUCCAACACCUUCGUUCAUCUCCAUACGCUCGACCUGCGGACGCAUGACUCGCCGUCACUGCACCACGCUCAUCACCCCUCGUCCAACAUUUCUAGCCGGGUCACCCAUUUCCUCCCCGUCUACAUUAUCGACUCGCGCCAGCUCGACACUACAUGUCUGCCUGGCACUCCAGCUCAAGCUCCUCCUCCAUCCGGGGAGACGGAGCUGGAGAAGCAAGGAGUACCUACCAACCCCAAUCACCACCCCCAAAAGUCGCGAAACUCCCCCCGAUCGCGGGUAUGCGAUUUCCACCGGACCUCGCCUCAUCGGCUCGCAUUCCUCCUUCAGGCAGUGUACAGUCUACGAGAGACGUACCGCAAGUCUGGAGGGGAUAUGCUGAUUGGGUAUGGAAAGCCCGAGGUGCUUAUCCCUGCUCUUGUGGAGAGCCUGAAGAAGAAGGGCAAGGUGGAGGGCGUGUGGGCGCAGAAGGAGAUUACAGUGGAAGAGGAGGAGAUGCUCUUGCGUCUAGAGGACAAGCUGGACGUCAAGCUCAGUCUGAACGAGAGCAAGACGAUGCUUCCUGUCGAUCAGCUCCCGUUCAAGGUCAGCCAAACGCCCGAUAUCUACACGUCAUUCCGGAAGAAGGUGGAGGGGUUGGGGUUGCAAGUGGGAGGUGGGAUGCUCGUGGAGCCGCUCAACACGGCCGAGUGGAAGACGAGGGAUGGACGGUGUGGCGAGGUCAGGGUCAAGGGGCUCAAGCCGUUCCCUGAUGUGGGAGAGGUCAAGCUGGCCGAAGGACAGGGCGGGUGGGUAGGGAAGGGAGACGAUAUCGACUCAGUCGAGGGGAUGUACGCCAAGCUUAUCCAGCCUCUCCUGGACAGCCCACCUAUCGGCGGCUGGACGACCGCACAUAAGGGUACCGAGAUGCCGGCGAACCACCAGAAUACCGCCGUACCGUUCAAAGGCGGGGAGACGAGCGCGCUGGGCAGGCUGGAAGACUACGUGGGACACCCCGAGGAGGGCAAGUGGGUCGGAGGGAACAAGGCGCGCAAGUACAAGGCGACCCGGAAUGGGAUGAUUGGCGAGGGGUUCAGCACCAAGUUUGCCUCGUUCCUCUCGCUCGGAUGCCUCAGCGCUACCGAGGCGGGAUGGCGAGUCGCUCAGCUGCUCGAGACGGUCGGGAAGGACAAGGAUACCUACCAGAACGUCUACUGGAUCAUCUUUGAAAUCCUCUGGCGAGACUUCUUCCAGUAUACCACGGCAAAGUAUGCCAAGCAGAAACGAUCCUCCCUCUUCGACCCUGUCGGCUACUCGCAGAUGAUCUCGUCUUACCCCGCGUCCGAGCGGCCCAAGCCGGAAGACUGGAACGAUGCCAACUUUGACGAUGAGAAUGAUGCGGCGAGACGCUGGUGUGAGGGCAGAACGGGUGUGCCUUAUAUCGAUGCCAACAUGCGGGAGUUGAAGGAGACGGGGUAUAUGAGUAAUAGGGGGAGGCAGAAUGUCGCGAGCUUCUUGGUCAUGGAUCUGUACGUGGACUGGAGGGUCGGAGCGGAGUUUUUCGAGAUGCACCUGAUAGACUAUGAUACCUGCUCAAACUGGGGCAACUGGCAAUACCAAGCUGGUGUAGGAAACGAUGCUCGCUCGUCUCGACAAUUCAACCCAAUUAAGCAGGCCAAAGACUACGAUGGGCACAGCGACUACGUCCGGAUGUGGGUGCCCGAGCUCAAGGAUGUACCGGAUGAUCAUGUUCAAACACCAUGGGUACUAAAUAACCCUAGCAAGCUUGGCGGAUACCCACACAAGCCCUUGGUGGAGCAACAGUCAUGGAAGAAGUUCUAUGGUGGUGGCGGAGGUGGAGGAGGCGGGCGUGGCCGAGGAGGACGUGGUGGCGGGGGACGGGGCGGUGGUGGAAGAGGCGGCGGAGGACGAGGUGGUGGUGGACGAGGUGGUGGGAAUGGCCAUGGUCACGGAAGAGGCCGGGGCGGACAUCACGAUUAG